UUACUACUUGUUUCUUACCUGUGAAAGAGAAAGAAAAAGUGGUGGGGUGUUGUUUAUUUCAGGUAAAUAUGCAGAGCUUUGAAAACCCAGAACAGUUUUAUGCCCAUUCUUCUUCUUCUUCUUCAAUCUUUCUCCGGGGAGACGACAGUGGGCGAUUUCUUACGCGUUUUCUUCCGGAUAUUGAGGAACUUCAACAAUCCGCUGCUGCUAUUGCUGCUUUUCAUCAAGAUGAUGCUGUUGAUUUAAGCCCAAGCUCUGUUUUUAGUUUAAAAUCGACCCACAAUACAGCUUUUCCAAUUCACCUACCGUACGGGAGUACGGAUGUGGGUUCAAUAGGAAGAACAAGGUAUUUAGACACGGGACAGGAAUUAAUGCGAUUGAAGAGGCUGGCUCCGCCGCAGUCGGUGGCGGUGACGGUGGCAGCUUCGUCAUCGUUGGGAAACGGGAGCUUUGAGAACUGGGGAGAGUCAGCCAUGGCAGAUAAUAGCCAACAGACUGACACUUCUACAGACAUCGACACCGAUGAAAGAAACCAGUUUCAAGGAGCUGCACAUGGAGCUCUCAUGGCGGUGGACUCCAUGGAUCAAUCUAAAGCAAAAUCUGCAGAUCAGAAGACUCUUCGUAGACUUGCUCAGAAUCGAGAAGCAGCCAGGAAGAGUCGACUAAGGAAGAAAGCAUAUGUCCAGCAGCUGGAAAAUAGUCGACAGAGGCUUGCGCAGCUAGAGCAGGAGCUUCAUCGAGCACGCCAACAGGGCAUUUUUGUGGCUUCUGGGGCAGGGGACCAUUGUGCAUCAAUGGCGGGAAAUGGUGCCUUGGCAUUUGAUCUCGACUAUGCACGUUGGCUUGACGAGCAUCAACGGCUGAUCAAUGAUUUGAGAGCGUCUGCAAAUUCUCAGUUGGGGGAUGACGAAUUGAGAUUUCUUGUUGAUGGGGUGAUGGCACAUUAUGAUGAACUCUUCAGGCUGAAAAGUGUAGGUGCUAAGGCCGAUGUAUUCCAUAUUCUUUCGGGCAUGUGGAAGAGUCCUGCUGAGAGGUGUUUCAUGUGGCUGGGAGGAUUCCGUUCGUCCGAGCUUCUAAAGAUAGUAGGGAGUCAUUUGGAGCCUUUAACAGAUCAGCAGUUGAUGGGUAUUUGCAAUUUGCAACAAUCUUCUCAACAAGCUGAAGAUGCAUUGUCACAAGGGAUUGAAGCUUUGCAACAAUCUCUUGUAGAAACUCUCUCCACUGCUUCUUUAGGUCCAGCCAGUUCGGGAAAUGUUGCUGAUUACAUGGGCCAAAUGGCGAUUGCAAUGAGCAAGCUAACUACGCUCGAGAACUUUCUACAUCAGGCUGAUCUUCUGAGGCAGCAAACUCUCCAACAGAUGCAUCGGAUAUUAACUACUCGUCAAGCUGCACGAGCGCUACUUGUGAUCAGCGAUUACAUUUCACGUCUUCGAGCUCUCAGUUCUCUGUGGUUAGCACGACCGAGAGAGUGAUAUCUAGCUUAGCAUAUUGACACUCGGCUAUGGGCAUUGUCAGAGGGCAAUCUACAGCAAGAACCUGGCUUCUUGGAAUGGAACAAUGGAAGUUUGAAGACUGUUUCAAGAAUCCAAUUUCUGUUGCUGUUAUAGGAAUAUUAAGGGGUUAUAUAAGCUUGCAAGUGGAAACCUUUUUUCACCCAAUUGUUUUCCACUCUGUUGUGUUGCCAAACAAGUGUCUUUUUUUUUUUCUUUUUCAUUUCAUAUAAGUUUCUGGAUGCUUAAUUUGGUAUGGUUUGAUAGAGAUUAAUGUAGUCAUA